CCGCCCACCGCCCGCGCCGUCGCCCUCCUCCUCGCCUCCACCCCGACCGUGCACGACGCCCACCCCGCCGUCCUCCACCAGCUCCUCGAGUUCGCGAACCGCUACACCGCCCAGGUCCUCUCCGACGCGCUCAUCUACGCAGAGCACGCGGCCCGCCCGAACAAGAUCGAGCACGACGACGUCGUCCUCGCAGUCCAGGCCCGCGUCGGCUGGGAGUUCGCAGGCCGCGUCCCAAAAGAGUACACGCUCUCGCUCGCAACGCAGACCAACGCCCAGCCCCUCCCCGCCGUCCCAGAGACCUUCGGCCUCCGCCUCCCCCCGCCCGCCGAGUGCCUCACCGCCGUCGACUUCGCCCUC